AUGUCUAACAUUGAUACUUUAAUUAAGGAGUCCUUUAUCGCAGUAGACCAAAAUGCCGAUGGUUACGUUUCCAGUUUCGAGUUAAUAUAUGGCUUAAGAUGUAUUGGAAUAACACCAGAUAGUAAAUAUGCCAACAGUGAAGAAUAUAAACUUUAUUCAAUAGUCGAAUAUUCUAAAAUCGCAAAGAAACAUUUAGGUGAUUCUACACCAAAAGAGAAAAUCAUAGAAGCACUAAAAGUAUUAGAUAAAUCAAACACUGGUAAAUUGUCAGUAGAUAUUUUAGUUUUUUUGGUCAGAACAAUGAGCGAUAUUUUGGUAGAAGAUGAUUAUCAAGCAUUUAAAAAAUAUAUUGACCCUAAAAAUGAUGAAUUUAUAAGUAUACCGGAACUUGCAGAUAAAAUAUUAGCUUAA